AGAACACUACUCUGUGACUGUGUCUAAAAUUGCAUAUGGAUGCAGCCCGUGCAAUGGGGCCGACUGAGCAUGCUGGAUUCGGAGCGGCGCCUCCUCGCCAAUGCACUCCUCGACGUCUCCAACGAGCGGUUCGUGCUGCUCUCGGAAGCAUGCAUCCCCCUCUUCAACUUCACCACUGUCUAUUCCUACCUCACCAACUCUCGCCACUCCUAUGUCCACUCUUUCGAUGAUCCUGGGGCCAAUGGGCGGGGCCGAUACCCUCGCCGAAUGCGCCCCCACGUCAAGCUGUCUUCAUGGCGUAAGGGCUCACAAUGGUUCGAGCUAGACCGAGCCAUGGCUCAAGACAUAGUGGCUGAGUCCAACUAUUAUGGGCUUUUUGCCAAGUAUUGUAAGCCCACAUGCUAUGUGGAUGAGCACUAUUUAUCUACAUUGGUGGCCCUUAAGUUUGGGGGCAGGAGUGCAAAUAGGAGCUUGACUUGGGUGGAUUGGUCCAGGGGAGGGCCCCAUCCUAUGAGGUUUGGUAGGAGAGAGGUAACAAUUGAGGUGUUGAAUAAGAUGAGGAGUGGAGAAGGGAAGAGGUGUGGGUAUAAUGGUGGUUCCACUGACAUUUGUUUCCUUUUUGCAAGGAAGUUUUUGCCUAAUGCUUUGGAUAGACUGUUGAGGUUUGCACCCAAGGUCUUGGGGUAUUGAUUCAUUGAGGGUUUGAGAAGUAUAGAACUAUAGAGAUGCAAUUCUUUGGUGUAUAUAGCAACUUCUAAUAAGGUAGAGGGGACCUGCUAAGAGAUUCUAAUAAGGUGAGCGCAUUGGUGAAAAGUGGUAGAGAGACAUAGAGAGGGAUUACAUUUGUUUGUCACUUUGUUGUACAUGGCAACUCAUCAAGUUGUGGGCUUCCAACAAAGUGCCCCCCAUAUUGAUUGAUUGCUUAUUUACCACUUUUUUUAGAAAUGGUGGGAUGAUAAGAAUUUAUAUUUAUUUUUUUGUAAUUUUUAUGAUAAUGUCUAGAUUUGUACAUGUAAUAAAGUUGGUGUUUAUUCCACUCAA